CAUGUGAGAUUCUGCAUUGUGCGGUUAAUAUUUUUAAUUUGACGAAGUUGCCAUCGGUAUCCGACCGCACGUGGAUAUAUGUUUUUAUAGUACUGUUUGUUGUUGUUAAUGAUAUAGUUAAAUUUUGUUUUCUAGUUUUGUAAUUUUAUUUACAAAGUUUUAAUGGGUUUUGAUCGUGGAGGUCGUGGUGGACGAGGUGGCGGCCGUUUUUCAGGAGGUGGCCGUGGUGGAUUUGGUGGCGGAGGUCGUGGUGGAUUUGGUGGCGGUGGUCGUGGUGGUGGCAGUGGUCGUGGAGGCGGUGGUUUUAGAGGUCGUGGUGCUGGUGGUCGUGGUGGUGGUAGCCGCGGUGGCGGAAGACCAUCUGGAGGUUUCAAAGGAGGAAAAAAAGUUGUUGUUGAACCUCAUCGUCAUCCUGGUGUUUUCAUCGCCAGAGGAAAAGAAGAUGCAUUGGUUACAAAAAACCUUAUACCCGGUGAAACCAUUUAUGGAGAAAAAAGAAUAAGUGUUGACUUGGCUGAAGGAGAAAAAAUUGAAUAUCGUGUCUGGAAUCCUUUCAGAUCUAAACUAGCAGCUGCAAUCUUGGGUGGUAUUGAUGAAAUUCACAUGCCACCAGGUUCUAAAGUAUUAUAUCUUGGCGCUGCUAGUGGUACUACCGUAUCCCAUGUAUCAGAUGUAGUAGGGCCUGAAGGAUUAGUGUAUGCUGUAGAAUUUUCUCAUAGAUCAGGUCGUGAUUUAAUAAAUGUUGCAAAGAAAAGAACCAAUAUUAUUCCUAUAAUUGAAGAUGCCAGACAUCCACAUAAAUAUAGAAUGUUAAUUGGAAUGGUUGAUACUAUAUUUGCUGAUGUAGCUCAGCCUGAUCAAGCUAGAAUUGUAUCAAUUAAUGCACAGUACUUUUUAAAAAAUGAAGGUCACUUUGUUAUUUCAAUCAAAGCUAAUUGUAUUGAUAGUACAGCUGAACCUGCUGCAGUUUAUGCUCAAGAAAUUGAAAAACUUAAAGCAGAUAAAUUGAAACCAACUGAACAAUUAACACUAGAACCAUAUGAAAGAGACCAUGCAGUUGUUGUUGGAGUUUAUAGACCAAUCCCUAAAGUCAAAUAAAAAAUUUGACUUAAUUUUAAUAAGUAAUUUUUAUGUACAAAUAUGCAAUUAGACCUAUUCUUGAAUUUCAUUGGAGUGUUAAAAAAUUUUACUAAAUAAAAAUUUGAUAAAAGUUUUUAAAUUUUUACUAUCAAAAUAUAUUAACUUUUUUAUCUUAA